AUGGCGCAGCAAAACAAAAAACCUCCCGGUCCAGACCAGUCCCGCAAUGAAUACAUCCCCUCCUUCAUCUCAAAGCGUCCCUUCUGGGCCGAAACCACACAUUCCGACGCCGACUACCUCGAACACCAACGGUUACAAUCCGCUCCCAAAGAUACUCUCGAUAAAGCAAAAUGGUACGACCGAGGCAAGAAACAAGGGCCCGCGGCCACGAAAUUCCGCAAAGGCGCAUGUGAGAACUGCGGCGCCAUGACUCACAAGACAAAAGAAUGUCUAGGCCGGCCGAGGAAACAGGGCGCGAGGUGGACUGGCAAGGAUAUUCAAGCUGACGAGGUUGUUGAGGACGUGCAAUUAGGAUGGGAUGCCAAAAGGGACCGCUGGAACGGGUACGACAGUCGAGAGUACAGUGCCGUUGUCAAAGAAUACGAAGAGCUCGAAGCCAUCAAGCGCGCGGCGGCAGGCCAAAAGGAAGAUGGCAACGGCACCGCUACUCCGGAUUCAUCUGACGCCCGGUACGGUGAAGAAACAGACAUGGGCCGUUCUCAACCAACCUCGACGCGUCAACUCCGCCUGCGUGAAGAUACAGCAAACUACCUGAAAAACCUCGAUCUUGAUUCCGCCCGCUACGAUCCAAAGACGCGCUCCAUGGAUAAAUCGGCCGCAGAGAUUGCAGAAGGUGCCGAUGCAGAUGAAGGCUUCGUCCGCCCAGCGGCUACGAACGACGACGCCGCCGAAUUCGAGCGGGCGCAACGUUACGCAUGGGAAACGCAGGAGAACAAUCCGAACCCGUCCCAAAUGAAGAAGUUACAUUUACAGGCAAAUCCAACCGAGGGCGAAAUCCUACGCAAGAAGCAAACGCAAGAGGCAGCGGAGAAGAAGGCGGCUGCUCGGAAAGCUCUGCUAGAGAAAUACGGCGGGAACGAAUAUCUCUCGACAGAAAGCGGCGACCAACAACACCCGACCAAAAGAGUCAAGCACCACAAUGUCAUUGCCAGCGAGCGGUACGUGGAGUACGACGAAUCAGGACACAUCAAAGGAGCUGAACGCACGGUCGCGCGCUCCAAAUACCCCGAAGAUAUCUUCCAGAACAACCACACGUCGGUAUGGGGCUCGUGGUGGAAGGACUUCAAGUGGGGCUACGCGUGCUGUCAUUCCACGGUGAAGAAUAGCUAUUGCACGGGCGAAGAGGGACGGCUGGCAUGGGAGGCAAGCGAGGGGAUGAGGACGGGCCAGUCGCUAUUGCAGAUCGAAGAAAAAGACAACGGCGACAGCGAGACAAGCACGGGACAGAGAGGAUCCGCGGUAGAAAGGAAUGAAGACGCAAACACUACUGCAUCCUACACAUCUGCAACCGACAGAACGGAAGCCGUUCAGGACGACGAAGGCCAAGGAAGACCACGUCUCGAACAAGACGGCCGAGACGUCCGAGAGCGCCAGAAGGAAGUCGACGAAGCAGAAACCGGUACGGCCGCCAGCGCCAGAGAGAAGGCGAAGGCGAAAGCGACGCAAACGUCGACGCACACUACAAGUACCAAAAAGCGCACGUUGCAAGAACUCCAGUCCGGCAUCUCAGAGGAGGAACUCGAAUCGUUCAAGCGCAAUCGCAUGGCCGCCGACGAUCCCAUGGCCAAAUUGCUGGGCAAGGACGAGUUGAUUGAGUUGGAAUGA